AUGCGAAUGCAGAAGAGCGCCAGCUAUCGUCAGCGAGAUAGCCAUGGAAAGGCGAACGGCCGGGCACGUAGCUCGGCACUCUGGCGGCAGAUGGUCAACGAGGAUCGUCCACCGUACACUGCGGGUAGACCAGGCCGCUUGGUCGCCCACCGCGAUGGGGUAAGAUUGUAUCAGAAGUCUGGAAGGCAAUUCUUGGAGGGAGAACGCCCUCAGCUGUGA